CAUUGAUCCUACAAAUACGCCUUUUCUAUUCCCCUUGAUCCGAGUGGCAGUCCCUGUAAUUAUCAACAGAUACGUGUCCUUUUUUCAGGCUAUUUCGAAUUUCGGAUAUUUCUGUUACAAAAAAAAGUUCGACAUGGUACAUAAGCGGCCUUUUGUGGAGGAGGAUACAUUUGAGGUUUCAAACAAGCAAUCAAGACAAGUAGAACGUAGUAAUAUACUGGUUUUAUCUUCAGAAUCUUUUUUACCUGAAGAUGAUUCCCUGAUUUCUAAUGCUUCAGGUGAGGACAGAUUCAUAAACGCUAAUACCGAGUGUGAUGAAAAGCUUGCGAAUGCCAUUGAUACUAAACACCCAGGAAAGGCAGAGGACUUUGAAGCCAAUGUUCCUAGUUGCAUUGCCAUGUCUUCCUUGGGCACCUGUAGUACCGGUGAAGAAGACUCAUGGCCAGAAGAACCACUUCACAUGCCUUCAUUCGCAGAAUGUUUUCACCCUGAACGCCAAGUAAGGACAUUCGCUCGUUGGGAUGAUAUCUAUUCUAUACUUUUGGAAUGCCCUCCACGGAAACAAGUUCUUGUUGGACCCAAAUACCAAGCAGAUAUUCCAGAAUGGGACUCACAGGUUGCCAGGAAUACUUCUAAUGAUACAGAUGCAUCUGAAACUGCUGCUGACAGAUAUGAGAAUAAACUGAUGGGAACUUGUAUCAUUCCAAUGCCUGCAUUGGAAUCUUCUGCAGAUGAUGACAAAGUGGGAAGUGGCAGAUCUGAUUGCAGUUGUGAGGACAAGGAUUCUGUCAGGUGUGUCAGGCAGCACAUUAUGGAAGCAAGGGAGGAACUUAGAAAAUCUCUUGGGCAUGAGAAAUUUGUGGAGCUUGGUUUCUGUGACAUGGGUGAACUAGUGACAAUGAAAUGGAGUGAGGAGGAGGAACAGCUAUUCCACAAAGUUGUAUUCUCUAAUCCAGCAUCCUUGGGGAGGAAUUUCUGGGACAGCCUUGCGUCUGUCUUCCCUUACCGAACCAAAGAGGAUAUUGUCAGUUAUUACUUCAAUGUAUUUAUGCUGCGGAAAAGGUCUGAGCAGAACAGGUGUGAAUCAAUGAGUAUCAAUAGUGAUAAUGAUGAGUGGCAGGGGACUGAUGAUUCUGGCAACGAUGAAGUUGGGUUCUCAGAUGAAGAUGAGGACUCUGUCAUUGAAUCACCUAUAUGUCAAGAAGAUUUUGAUAAUCAUCGGAGCCAGGAAGCUGGCUUGUGUGUUUUUGAUGAGGAUAUUGCUGAUGAAACUUGCGAUAAUCACAGUAUAGAUUUUGGUAGUGGUGGAAAUGCUACCAAAGUUUCAGAAACUUAUUCUGAAAAGUUGUUUAGCAACUGUGGUUCUGAUCCCCCAGCUCAGCUGCAUGGGAAAACUCUCAAGGAUGCACGAGGAGAACAAGAGGAACAAGAAGUCCAGGAUGAUUCAUGCACAUCUUCUGACACAGGGGCUGCAUCACAUGAAACACCGGUGAAUGCUGACAAUGCUGAUCAGUGGCAAAGUAACUUAAAUGGGUUAAACAACGGAGGUAGCCAUGGAUAUGUUUUGGAACCAUGUGAUACUAAGGUUUGGGAUGCUGGAUAUCCAACUUGCCAAAAAAAUAAAAUCGACUUCUUACCCACAUGUAGUAUGAUUGAAGAGGUUUUUGGGGACGGGUCAUGAUAUAUUGCAGAGCAAUAGAUGGAAAAAGCUUUGAGCAGUUUUGUUGUCAUUAUUUUGCACUGGUGGUGGUAUGAAAAGCGCCUGCCAUCCGAGAUUUACAGUCUUGAUAAAUCAUAGGAAACUUCCCUCCGCAGAUUGAAUUCUUAUCAAUGAAUAGAAGAGUUCAAUUUUCCUUGUACAUUCACAUAUGAGAGAAACCUCCCUUCAUUGUAAUAUAGAGAAUUUUAGAAGGUGAUUAGUUUUCAUUUUUUGGGGGCACUUUUAAUGCAAUGCAAUCUUCCACCUUUCAUAGAAGGUCAUGAAGAGUUCUCUCCCAUUGGAUGAGAUGAUUUUCGGAAUAUAAACACACUGCUUACAAGGA